UCUGGGUCGGGACUCUGAGAAGUAGAUUUCCACCGUCACGCCGCGGGGCUAUGGAUAGGCCGCCACCGAUCGGCGCUUGCGGCCCUAGGAACCGUGAUGCAUCACAAAGGGCUGCCUUCGAUUUGUGAAGGCCUGCGCUAUAGCUCUACAGCCUGGCUGCGGUAUAUAUAGUACGAUUAGAUUAAUGACAGAACUGCCACAGUCAACAAUGUCUUCAUCAACCCAGGACAUCAUUUCACAACUUGACCUCGGGAAUACGAUCGGGGCACUCUUUAUCGCGGCUGUCCUUGCGAUAAUUCUCUUUGGUGUGACAAAUGUUCAAGCUUUCAUCUACUUUCAGACACACAGAGGCACAGGGAUGACAUUAUAUAAGCUGGCCGUCGUUUGGCUUUGGAUGCUCGAUGCUCUGCACUCGGCCUUGAUAGUCCAUGGUAGCUAUUAUUAUUUGGUGGCUAACUACGCCAACAUCGCUGCGCUCCAAAAACUUUUAUGGAGUUCCAAACUUCAAAUCCCAGUCGACACGAUGAUCAUCUGGGGGGUAUAUUUUCUAUAUGUUCAUCGCAUGUGGAUAGUCAGCAAGGGCCGACCGAGAGCUCUCCCUAUCACAGUGGGCAUAUUUGUAGUCCUAGGAUUAGGAGUUGGCAUCAGUCUUAAUUGGGCCAUAUAUAACGUCCAAGUGUCCAAGGAUUUAAUUAAAAUAGUCUGGGCGACAUACUCGACAUUGGGCACAAUCAGUUUUCUCGAUGUCCUUAUUGCAUCAUCGCUAUACUAUCUCCUCGCCACCUCCCGUAGCGGUUUCUCUAGCACCGAUUCCUUCAUAACAAGGCUCAUGAGUUACAUCAUUAGUACCGGCUGUCUGACGAGUGUAUUUUCAUUGACAGCUAUCAUCACUUGCGCAGUGAUGCCGAAGACCUCCAUCUUCAUCGGUGUUGAAUUUUUAAUGGUGAAAUUAUACAUCAACUCGUACAUCGCACUCCUGAACGCGCGAUACUACACACAGGCCGACGUAUGCAAUAUUGAUUCUUCCGAGUUCCAUAACCGUCGCGACUUUUACCGCCCGGAGCUGUGCCUUAGUGCGUCGCAAGACGAGAACUUCUGUGCGCCGGGGAAGAGCGUAUUUAUGCAACCUGACGAUGACUUGCUGCAUCUCACUCGACCCGUUCAGGCUGCCAUGCGGCCGAUUGAGGUGAAGAUGGAAAUGGAGUCUUUCUCAUCAGUGUGAUGGAUUGUUAACUGUCUGUCUCUUCGGACUCGCACAUAACUUAUGGGUUUGUUUGUAAGUUAUCACAGUUUUGGGAACGAGAUUCGGA